GCUCUCCAGGGUGUCAAGCAGAAGACUUCUUUUACCUGGAGAUGUUAGAGACUGAAUCUGGAAUCUUUUGCUUCCAAAGCAUAUGCCGUAUCACUAAUGUAGCCUUAUUGGAGUUCACUGAUUGGGUCUGCGUUGCUCCGGGACAGGAGGAAGGAAGUCAAACGACACCGAGGUUGGUUCAAAGAAUGGGUUUAUUCUGCUCUCCGGAUAGCAGAAGGCACUUGCGUGGUGAGUCCACAGCAAGUCCAAAGAAAUGAGAAGUUUCAUGCAGUAUAUAUAUCCUCCAGGCACCCUCUACCUCCUUCCCCAGGAAUCCAAACACAUCAGCCUAUGUACGCAGGUUGACAUCAGAGAUGUUCCUGCUCCGGCACUCCGGUUGUGUCUGUCACUCAUUUUCUCCACUGGACACAUAUUUUCAGACUGCUUGCUUUUUAUUUAAGUUCAUUUCCUUUGUUAUUCUGGGUUGUAAGCAACCUAGAAGAUCCAGGGAAAUGGAAAGGUGGGGUUUUUUAAAAAUCUUUUAAAAAAAAGAAUAACUAAAGAAAUAAAUGCAUUCCAAGUUGUGUUCUCUGGUACCCAAAUCAGACAUUCAGGAAGCUGCCAUCUGGACUCAGUCUAAAAAGAGACAUUUUACAAGCUUGCCAUCAUUGUAUUGUUGAUGUCUGACAUAAUCCAGAUGGCUUGGAAAAAAUCUCCUGUCUUGUUCAUUAGCUUGGUGAUGCCAGCGCUAUGUAAAAUGUGACAGAAGAAAGACAGGAUAGGAAGAGGAGAAAGGAGGGCAAGAGAGAAGGGGGGGGAAAUCCUGUGCAUUUUUUAAAAAAGCAAAAUAUUUUCUCCCAGUUGCUGGGAAACUUUGUGUCCACUAAUAUUUGUGGAAUCGAUAUGUAAUUUACUGUUACUGCAUUCCAUCAUAAUCAGCCCUGGCUCAGUGUUUAGCCAAACACAGAAAAUCUGCUAUAAUGAUUCAAAAAUGUUUAAUUUAAGAAUUUCUGCCCCAUAUGAAGGGCAGGCCUGUAUUUCAUUAUUGAUGGCAAUUAGUGCAGGGAGGCAGAUGAGAAGGAAUUUGCAGGCAGAAGUGAGAUUGUAUCACCUGGAUAUGCUGUGCUCAGAGCAAGGAUAAGGGAGAUAUUUUAUUCAUUUAGCAUUUAAAAGUGAACCUACCUAAUUUGUGCUUUAAGAAUGACUCCAACAUUAGAAACUAUUCUAAGCAUAGCCAAGUAUAGGUGUGCUGCUCAUUGAUUUAGUUCAAUAUUUUAGUAGAUACUCUAAUAAGAUGUUUCCCUUUUGAUAUAAUGAAGUUCACUUCCAAUGAAUCUCUAUUGUCUGUGUUAACUCUUGGGGUGCCAAACUCUGGAGAGCAUCUGGGUCUCAACAUCAAAAGAACAAUCAAAAGAACUGCGUGUCAGGAUUGCAUGUUAAAAUUGCAGACUUGAAUGCAAGCUGCACCAUCUCUCCUCCAGGAUGCUUACUGUAAGUUGUGGAAGGAGUGCUUGAGCAGAUCCAUUCUGUCUACUUGCCCCCUUUCAGCCCCCCCCACCAACCCAGUACCUUCCAUAUUUCUUGGAAGCUGAGAUGCCUUUAGACUAUUUAUCCAGUUGGGUGCACCUAUGUGACCUUAGAGUGGGCAGUACAUGCCAGCAGUCUCUUCCUCUGCAAAGCGUGUUCUCCCUGAAAUGAGAGCACGUAUUGCGGUGGGGUCUGCCAAGCCAACCCUCUGUUGCCAGGCAGGUAAAAGUGAGCUGGUCUGGAGCAACGAUUGGAUGACCAGGUUGCUGGGGCAAAUUGCAUGUUGCAAUGUGGUGGGUGGAACCAGAGGCUUUAAAUAUUGGGGCACUCAGCUUUUGCUUUCUCUUUCGCUGAGUGCAUCGGAUCGCCCGCCCUGAGUUCCGGUUGACCUUGCUAUGCCUGUCAUGGGGUCGUCUGCUUUGGAGCAGGGGCCUAGUAGGAAUUUUGUCCAUUUGGCUGAUUGGCUGGUGCCAUUUGGUUUUUACCUACUACUUAGCAAUUUGUCACAACUUGUAAGGUUGUGAUUAGGCAUUGGUUAUAAAAAAUUGGUGGAGGAGGGGUAAGGAUAGGCUGGGCCUGCCCCUCCAAUCGUGGUGUGGAAGGGAAUUCGUCCAAUCCCUGAAAUGGGACCAGGGUCGGCAAGUUGGGUGAGCGGUGAGGGACUGUCACUCAGCUCAACUGAUCCCCAAUAUUGCUUUCCCUUCACUUGCUUCCGAGGGAGUUCAGAAAGUCAGUUCUGUCCCAGGCGGGGGGACAGAUAGUCUUAACCAAUGCCUAAGCAACCAUUCACAGAUUAUGUAUUUUAAUAAAGUUUUGGCCAAAAGUAUGCCAAAAACCUUAAACAAAAUUAUGUGUGAAUUGUGAAUUUAUUUUGGGGGUGGCUUGGGGACCUUGACACGCAACAUCUCCAACUUUGCCUGGUCUACUUCUUACUUUCGAAAGUUGAAUGCACUGCAAACAAAUGGAGGCAGAUUCCAGCAGCUUUCCACUGGGCACCCUUAGGAACCUGAUCACAGGGAAGCUUCUAAGCAUGAUCAGCAGAACACAAUUAGAAUACAGUGGUACCUUGCGUUAAGAACUUAAUUCAUUCUGGAGGUCCGUUCUUAACCUGAAACUGUUCUUAACCUGAGAUACUACUUUAGCUAAUGGGGCCUCCCGCUGCCACCGCACCGUAUCUCUCUUCUUCUCUUGCAGAUAUCUUGUGUGUUGUGCCACUAUGAUCUCUUCCCCCAUCUCCCUAUCGUGCUGAGACCACACUCCAGCCUGCACAAAUCCCCACUUGACUGCUGCAGUGAUGUGAACAGUUUUGACUUUCUGCAGGCCCUCUCAUUAUCAUGAUCAAAUGGAGCCACAUAACAUCUGAAACAUUGCACAUGUUUUGUUUUUUAAAGGUGGGUGGUAGGAGUAGGUUCCCUCUAUAAUGAAAGCCACAACUCAGAUGGGAUGCAAACUGCAACAUGGAAAGAAUCCGGCAGGGUGAAAUUGGAGCUGUAGAUUUCCAUGUCUGCUUGUCAGCAAGCCUCCCUUCCCUGCACUAUUAAUUCUUCUCCCAGUGUAUACUAGACAUUGAUCAAUAUCAUCGCCUUUCAGCCACCCCUUCCUCCGUUCCUUCCUCCAAGUUGCUUGUACACUGCUACUUUCCAUGGAAAUCUGCCCACAUCCAGACACUCAACUGCAUCCCAACUACAGUUUGGAAAUUUCCACAGCAAGGUGAAACCUCCACUGCCUCUGCUCUUUCUCUUUAUGUGAGCAGCAUCCAUUAACAGGGAGGAAGGGAAGCUUUGGAGUACAGUAGCAUCAUAGUCAUUGGCAACCAGAGUGAAGGGGCCAGAUGACUGGCGCCUGAGUCAUUGACUUCUCCUCUUUGGGAAAGGGCCACAGCUCAGUGGCAGGAAGGGAUGAGGAGGGACAAAUCCAACCCACUUUGCAUUUAAAUGAGAUCCUACCUCAUUCACAAUUUCUGAAACAAUAUGGGAACUGGAACAAAGUAAUCCUUUGGAAUGUGCACUCCUCUGAAUUUUGCAGUAUCAUUUAUCCAGCCAAGUAAUGUGUACACAAGGGACGCGGGUGGCACUAUGGUCUAAACCACAGAGCCUAGGACUUGCCGAUCGGAAGGUCAGCGGUUCGAAUCCCUGUGACGGGUUGAGCUCCCGUUGCUCAGUCCCAGCUCGAGCCAACCUAGCAGUUCGAAAGCACGUCAAGUGCAAGUAGAUAAAAAGGUACCACUCCGGUGGGAAGGUAAAUGGCAUUUCCGUGCGCUGCUCUGGUUUCGGCAGAAGCGACUUAGUCAUGCUGGCCACAUGACCCGGAAGCUGUCGGCAGACAAACGCUGGCUCCCUUGGCCAGUAAAGUGAGAUGAGGGCUGCAACUCCAGAGUCGUCUGCGACUGGACUUAACGGUCGGGGUCCCUUUACCUUUAAUGUGUACACAAAUGCAUAUACAAGGAUAAUGCAUGCAUUAAAAUGUACAUAUAAGCUGGAAAAUGUACACACACACACACACAAACACACACACACACACACAGAAUUGUUUUGCAACAAUCAAUAUACAGUGGUGCCUCGCAAGACGAAAUUAAUCCGUUCCGCGAGUGUCUUCGUCUAGCGGUUUUUUCGUCUUGCGAAGCAACCCUAUUAGCGGCUUAACGGAUUAGCGCUAUUAGCGGUUUAGCGGCUAUUAAAGGCUUAAAGGCUUAGCGGAUUAGCUGCUAAAAGGCUAUUAAAGGCUUAGCAGCUUAGAUAAAGGGGGGGAAAAGUGAAAAAAAAAUCUCAAGACUCGCAAGACAUUUUCGUCUUGCGAAGCAAGCCCAUAGGGGAAUUCGUCCUGCGAAGCAACUCCAAAACGGAAAACCCUUUCGUCUAGCGGUUUUUCCGUCUUGCGAGGCAUUCGUCUUGCGGGGCACCACUGUAUUGGGCAAAAUAGCAUAUAAAACGUGUGUGUUAGAAGAAAUUCGCACUAAAAUGCUGAUAACCUUUCAUGAGGCCUUAAGAAAAAUCACAAGCUGAUGUAGAAAUGAACAACAACAACAAAAAUAACAAAUUGAAAGAAACUGAAACUGACAGAUUCCCCAAUCUCUUCUAUUAUUAUUAUUAUUAUUAUUAUUAUUAUUAUUAUACCGCCCUUCAUCCGAGAAGCGGACACAGGAGCAAUGGAUCAAACUACAAGAAGAAGAUUCCACCUAAACAUUAGGAAGAACUUCCUGACAGUAAGAGCUGUUUGACAGUGGAAUUUGCUGCCAAGGAGUGUGGUGGAGUCUCCUUCUUUGGAGGUCUUUAAGCAGAGGCUUGACAACCAUAUGUCAGGGUGCUCUGAUGGUGUUUCCUGCUUGGCAGGGGGUUGGACUCGAUGGCCCUUGUGGUCUCUUCCAACUCUAUGAUUCUAUGAUUCUAUGAUUCUAUGAAAUAAAUAGCUAAAACAAUAACAACAAAAACCAAUAACCCCCCUCCCUCAAGCACAUUUUAAAGGUGGUAGAACAUUAAUCAGCCUUAUAAAACUAAAAAAUACAAACACAAAAUACAAAUUAACACUUAAUAACAAUUUAAAACAACCCAACCCCACCCCACCCCAAAUAAACAACACCCACCCAAGCUAAAACCCAAUCUCUAUUAACACCAUAAUUUUAGCACAAGGGCUGGCCCAUGCCCUGGUUCCACCCCGAAGUGUUGCCCCUAAAGGCAUAAUGUCCCUUUGGUAUCUUCCCUACGGGGAUAAAAGAGAGGGGGGGGAGAGUAUGAAGAAGUGUUAGGUCAUCUGAACCCCAUUUGUAGUCUGAAAUGGUACAACCCAGGCACCAUUUCAUUGACUAGAAUAUACUUGCUUUGGUAGGAAAAUCAAAGCACCAAAACUGUGUAACUUCAGACAUAUGCCAAGUUAAAAUUUAUGAUAAACUAAGGACUUAGGAUAAUAUCCUUAUGGAAAAUCUGCAGUAACAGCAGCAUUUGUGAGGAGAGUGACCAUGAGCCUAUGCAGAGUGCAUUACUCAUCACUGAGUAAUCACUCCCACUAACCGCAAAAUCAGAGCGUGCAUGUAGACUGUCCUUGAGCCAAAUGAGUCAUCAAGGAUCAAGUAGAAAUGAUCAGGAGCACACUUAAAGUUGCCCCAAGGUUAGGAGUACAUUUUUUAAAAAGCAACAACCAUAAGGUGGAACCUUAACCCACCCCCCACCCCCCAAAAAAGUCAAAGGGGACUGAUCAUGCUCAGAAGUCAGGAAAUGUACAGCAACAGUUGGAAAAGAAAAAUAGUCCAUCUGGGGUGUUGGGUGGCAGAGUGGAACCCUGAACACGAAUAAUGUCAGUAGGAGGAGAUAGACCACAGUGAUUUGUUUCAGCCACAACUCAUAAAAGCCAAUGCCUUUUCAUUGGAGUAAAAGGUAAAGGUAAAGGGACCCCUGACUAUUAGGUCCAGUCACAGACGAUUCUGGGGUUGUGGCGCUCAUCUCGCUUUAUUGGCCGAGGGAGCCGGCGUACAGCUUCCGGGUCAUGUGGCCAGCAUGACUAAGCCACUUCUGGUGAACCAGAGCAGUGCACGGAAACACCAUUUACCUUCUUGCUGGAGCGGUACCUAUUUAUCUACUUGCACUUUAACAUGCUUUCGAACUGCUAGGUUGGCAGGAGCAGGGACCGAGCAACGGGAGCUCACCCCGUCGCGGGGAUUUGAACCGUCAACCUUCUGAUUGGCAAGCCCUAGGCUCUGUGGUUUAACCCACAGCGCCAGCCUUAUUUCCCAUGUAACUAGGAUAAUUUAUAAAAUUAAAUCUGGGAGUGGUGAGUAUGCACUUUGCCACAGCUCCCCCGCCCUUCCAGAUCUCUCCCUCCCUUUCUCAACAGAUUUCAGGAUCUAUGUUCCUCCUGUGCAGAACUGCAUAGGUUCUGUAGAAAAGAUUAACAGCCCUACUUACUGAACCUUGAUAUAUUGCCCUGGCACCUGCGCUCCUGUCACUUGGCAAUCUAGCCAAGAGACAAAUUUGUGUCCCAGAGUCGUUUGUGUGUACAUUAUGGAUGCUUCCCCUGCCUAUCGGCUACACAAAGGAGCAGGCAGGCAGCAUCCUGUGCCAAUGAUGCCAAGUCUCAGAACCAUGGCAGGAGCUUCAACCAACAGCCUAGAACAGGGGGUGGGAACCUGUUUUCACCCCUAGGCACACAUUCAUUUCUUGGAAACCUUUCCGAGGGCCACAUGCCAGUGGUAGGUGGGGCCGGAGGCAAAAGUGAGCAAAAUCACAAAUGGAAAUGUUUGCCUUUGUGCAAUAAGCUAAUUUCAGGACACCCUUGUCUAUCCUCCAUGUGGGCAAGGAAGAGACAAUGUUAGAGUUCAAUGAUGCAUUCCAGCCCAGCAAAAUACUGUUAAAGAUAUGGGAGAGGGACCCCCCCAAAAAACCCCUAGAAAUUAAUAAAUGGUAGGAUUUUGAUUAUUUGGGAUGUGAAAGGAGAAAUGCAAGCUGCAGAGGAAUUCCUGAGCUCAGGGGCUUCUUACCCAUAGAGGCUAGUGAUGUGGGGAGCCAGGGCGCCACGUUCUGGAGGGCGCCAGGGAAGAGGCGGAGGCUGGAUGCGGUACCUCCCAGCAUCAGCUCACCACCCUCACCCGCCUCCGCCAUGCUGCACUGAAGCAGCGCGCGCCCGGAGCCUCCAUCUGCCGUGGCCACCACGGCACGAAGAAGCCAGCUGAGCUGGGAGGCACCACGUCCAGCCUCCGCCUCUUCCCUGCUGGAAGCACUGCCCUCCAGCCACUGCCCGCCUCCUCCAGCCCCUCCGGCAGUGCCAUCCUCCCUAAAAACCUGUGGGAAACGGGGGUGGGGGGGCAGAGGUAGGUUGCACCACGGCACUGGAUAUUAUUAAGACGGCCCUGCCUGAGCUAGCCUAUGCAGAAUGACCUGGCCAAGCUAGGGCCAUUAAGAAACAAUAGAGGGCCACUGAAACAAUGGAGGGCCAUUAAGAAACAAUAGAGGCCCAUUGAAAGUCAUUGACAAUACAAGGGAACUGUCCUCCCCCCCCCCCCCCGCCCUGAGGUGUGAACAGAGACAGGGGUUUGGAAGGUUGCCAGACUAACUGGGUGUGAGGUGACAGGUAAAGAGAGUGUUUAAGCAGAGAAAAAGAAGGAAGAAGGAGGACUGGGAUCCAUCUUGGGCAGGUUGGCUGAAGGCUGGCUGGGAGAGAUGCCUCAGACGCCAGGGCUGCACUGCUGAGGGUUAGAAGCCCCUCUUGCAAUGACCGUGCUGUAAGCUCUGGACUCCCUCCAUGCAGACUGAUGGUGUAAAUAGGUGAAUAAACCAUAUUUCUUAAAGCUACAAUAGUCUCCACCGUCGUCUCAAUUCCCCAAAGGACCACAGACCCCAUGGGUUCUUGACACUGCUUGGCAGAGAGAGGGGGAGGCACCCGACUUUUGUAACAAUACAGGGUUAACAGGCAGGGCCAAGAAAGGGUGUGGCUUGAUGAAGGUUCUGAGGGCCAGGAUUCUGAUUGAUAUUAUAGACCAUCAAGCCUUGGAAGGUACCAGAGUGGAGAAGGUUGGUCCACCUUGAGUGCAAGCAACUUUCCACAGUCUCAGGUAGAAGUCUUCCCUUUAAGUGCUAAUCUUUCAGUUGAGAUGUCAGAGUUUGUACCUGAGACCUCCUGGAGCACAAUAUGCACCCCAGCCCCAAGCUAUAGUCCUUUAAGGUAUACCAUCAGAAGAGAACAGGGGUUAAGCUCAGCCAUGACCCCCAAACCUGCUGCGGACUCAUGUGCAUAUGUGUGUGCAUACACACACAAUCUCACGGGGAGCGGUGGAGUGUUAAGCAUGGCAAAAUAAAGCUGUCAGGAAAGAGAGAGAGGCAUUGUAUAGAAAAGCUAACCUUUACCGAGCAGAAAGUCGGUCUGGAAAGGAGGGAGGGAGUCGAGGGGAGUUCUUGGCAAUAGCUUGCUAGCGAGCGCAAUUCUCUGAUAUUGCAUUAUAUAAAUGUGUCCAGAGCACUAGAGGGCCAGGAAUACAUCAUCUCUGCCAGCGCGCACUGACGGCAGCCACUUCAGAAUCCAUUGUGGGAAAUACCUUACUCACUGCAGAGCUAGGUUGUCUUUUCCUCCUCCCUGCCUCUCAGCCAAGAUUUAAAUAUCUUAAAAUUAUCCCGGAAGGAGAAGCCAAAGGAGAACGCACUUCAGCACAGGGCUGGGUCUGGCAUCGCUGUCAACCCUUUCACGGCGGGGGCUGUCAGGGAAGGACUUUAGGGGGCAGAUGCAGCCCAGCUGGUGUACCACAAGUAAGUGAAGUAAUAUCUAUGACUGCCUAUGGGGGGGAGCUGCAUAAGACCAUGCAGCCGGGAGUGUAAAAGGACCUCACUGCACCACUGCCAAUUCAUUCCCAUGGCUGCAAGGGCAUUCUGGCAUGUGUUGUCUAAAACUGGAUGGACUUUGUUAGAGCUUUGGCCAAAGGGAGUUGAAUUACCUCCUACAGCAGGGGACCAGGCAGAGGGCCUUCUCAGCAGUGGCACCCUCCCUGGGGAACGCCUUUCCGUCAGAUGUCAAGGAGAUAAAUAAUGGUACAACUUUCAGAAGACAUCUGAAGGCAGCCCUGUAUCUGGAAGUUUUAUUAAUGAUGAUGGUGGUGGUGGUGGUGAUGUUUGAUGUUUUAUUAUGCUUAUAUAUGUGUUGGAAGCUGCCCAGAGUGGCUGGGGCAACCCCACCAGAUGGUUGGGGUAUAAAUAUUAUCAUCAUCUACCACCCCUGAUUCUGUCCUCCUAUGCACUAGGGCUGCUUUCUUUUGCAAACGAGAAGAAUUCAAUCAGCUUUUAAAGACCCUUCAGUGACAACUGAGUUUAGAAAGCAAUGUGGACAUGGCAAUAAUAAUAAUAAUAAUAAUAAUAAUAAUAAUAAUAAUAAUAAAUUUAUGCCCCGCCAAUCUGGCUGGGUUUCCCCAGCCACUCUGGGCAGCUUCCAACAGAAUAUUAAAAUACAAUAACCUAUUAAACAUUAAAAGCUUCCCUAAACAGGGCUGCCUUCAGAUGUCUUCUAAAAGUCUGGUAGUUGUUGUUCUCUUUGACAUCUGGUGGGAGGGUGUUCCACAGGGCAGGUGCCACUACCGAGAAGGCCCUCUGCCUGGUUCCCUGUAAUUUGGCUUCUCGCAGUUAGGGAACCGCCAGAAGGCCCUCGGUGCUGGACCUCAGUGUCCAGGCAGAACGAUGGGGGGGGGGGAGAGAGACGCUUCUUUUCUGCUUCAAAGCACACAUUCCCUGGAUACAUGCCUAUCCUCCCACCUCAUUUCUUAUCUGAGAAGAUAAAAAGGAAGGUAAAGAGAAAGGAUUGUAUGUCGGACCUUGCUUGGACAGCUGCUGCCAGUCAGAGUAAAUAAUGUUAUGCAGUGGUUAGAGUAUUUGACUGGGACCUGGGAGACUAGGGUUCAAAUCACCACUCAGCUGUGAAACUCACUGGAAAAAUUGGGUAGAAAUGCAAUAAUCAGCCAAUACAUGUAGAUAGAUAGAUAGAUAGAUAGAUGAUAGAUAGAUAGAUAGAUAGAUAGAUAGAUAGAUAGAUAGAUAGACAGAUAGAUAGACUACUGCAAUGCACUCUACGUGGGGCUACCUUUGAAGGUCACCCGGAAACUACAACUAAUCCAGAAUGUGGCAGCUAGACUGGUGACCAGGGGCGGCCGCCGAGACCACAUAACACCAAUAUUGAAAGACCUACAUUGGCUCCCAGUACGUUUCCGAGCACAAUUCAAAGUGUUGGUGUUGACCUUUAAAGCCCUAAAUGGCCUCAGCCCAGUAUAUCUGAAGGAGCGUCUCCACUCCCAUUGUUUUGCCCGGACACUGAGGUCCAGCGCUGAGGGCCUUCUGGCAGUUCCCUCAUUGCGAGAAGCAAAGCUACCGGGAACCAGGCAGAGGGCCUUCUCGGUAGUGGCGCCUGCCCUGUGGAACACCCUCCCACAAGAUGUCAAAGAAAUAAACAACUACCUAACAUUUAGAAGACAUCUGAAGGCAGCCCUGUUCAGGGAAGUUUUUAAUGUGUGACAUUCUAAUGUAUUUUUAAUCUUUGUCGGAAGCCACCCAGAGUGGCUGGGGAAACCCAGCCAGAUGGGCAGGGUACAAAUAAUAAAUUAUGAUGAUGAUGAUGAUAUAGAUAGAUUAGAUAGAUAGAUAGAUAGAUAGAUAGAUGAUAGUCUAAUACCCCUAAGUUAGCAUUUGAGGAACAUGAGUUUUCUCCAAACCACAGCAUGCUAGCUAUAGGUUGGCAUAGAUGCCAACUCCUAGAGGCAGAGGAAGUUUCUUUUCUUUUUUUUAAUAUAAUUUUUAUAAACAGGCCAAUCAAAUCACAUUAUUUCCAAAUCACAUUAGUUCCAAAUUAUACAGCCAGAUUUUUAAAUUUUUGUUGGGGGUACCCAUACUUCAAGCUCCGAAAAGGGGUCCAAACAUCACUUAUAUUGCUGCUUUAAUUAGACAGUUCUAUCCAGUUCUGUCCAGAUAGUCUCUUUGUUACUUUCCUCAUCUUCUUGUUGUUAUCAUAUAUUCCUUUCUUUGCGAUCUCUGAUAAUCUUCACAAGCGGGUUGAAAACAAACAUCCUCUGUGUGGGUUUUACACUCUCCAAAAAUCAUAUCACAUAAGGGCAGACGCAAUUUCCACACCUCCGUAAAGAAACUUUUCCUCAGUCUGUCCGUUGAUUUUCCCAGGCUUGCCAAACAUAUCUCAGAGGGCUCUGCCAGGUCUAGAUCACAUUCCGAUAAUCAUUCACAUUCUGAUGACCCUGGUCCUCCCCCCCCCCCCGGUCCUUCUUAGGCAAGCCUGACUUGGCGAGACGCCAUUUGAAACUGCGUCAUAAAACUUUCCUCCUUUCUCUGAUGUUUACCAAUCCUCUCUUUGAUCAAUAAUUCACUCCACACAGUUCUUGAAUUCCUGCUUGUGAUUAAUAAAUUGCAACAAUUCUUCUCUCUGGGGUGGAGGGUUAUUAAUACUCACAUAAGGCAAAAAAAAAAAAUGUUUUUUCCUCAACCCCCUUUCCGUUUCACUCCAAACAUACCAGUCUUUUAAUGGUGAUUCAUCACUUGAUUUAUUUGUCCUGCCCGUCGCUCCGCUCACAGAGAUCCAUUAAUCAGCAGUCUUUACUCCCGAUCUUCGCUUGAUGUAUAUGCUUUAGCUUCUUUCCAAUUAUAUAUUUCCAAUUAUAUAUUUCGAGCUAAAGCGAACCAGUGUGCUGAUUGGAGACAGCGUCAGGAAGAGCCGACUUCACACGAAGGCUUGUGCCAAGUGUCCGCACCCCCUUCUUUCGAAUCCGGGGGUGCAUUAUGGACACCGCUGGCAAGGCAGUCCCCCCAUCCCCUUGGGGGGGCCGGGAAGGCUGCAUACUUCCCAUAGCAGCCUCUUAAUUACCUCGUGUGGGUCGGAGAGAUGUUACUGUCGGCCAUCUUCCAAUGCGCCCCCUGGGGGCCCCCCGGCAGAGGAAGUUUCAGCUCCUCUGUGCAUUUUUGAGGUGGCUGGGCCACACUGGGGGCUCUGCCACACAGCCCCUUGUGACGUUGCACACAUGUGAUAUCAGGACAUCAUGUGACGUCACGCCGGGGCCCCUCAAUCCUCUGGAGAAGCUGGCGCCUCUGUAACAGCACAUGACAGGAUAGAACUGCUCGUGUCCAAGAGCCAUUCUUAGUAUUUUGGUGAAAAUACUCCAUUCAAGGGUCGCCAAGGGUCCCUGGAGCAAACAUGGGGAAUGCAUGCAUGGCUCAUGAACUUACUGGGAUUUUGCUACUAUGGAACAACAACACCCAAGGGUAUCACCUUAAUUAAAGGCCCUGUGACAUAAGAUUACUCAGCUGCCAAGUUUGGGAACAGUUUGGCCAGAUUCACUGGCAGUCUCAGGCUUAGUAAGACUGCCUAGUUUGAACCAAGCUUCCCAUCUAUCUGAUUGAACUGGCUCAGUGAGGGAAAGGCUAACUGCGGUCUGAUGAGGCAUGCUGAGUCAUGUUGCAAAUCAUAUUCGGGUGAACACGCUCUCUCUCUCUCUCUCUCCCUCCCUCCCUCCCUCUCCCUCCCUCCAGCACUCUACUGUCUCCUCUUGCUCUCAGAAAAACUGAGACAAGAUGCAUUUGCUAUAGGCGAGCAAACAGAUAGUCAUGGAAGCCAUUGGCUUAUUACUCCUAGUUCUUAGGGGGCCUGAGUCGUUUAGGGCUUCAAACACAUCUUGCUGCUGUGUGGUGUAGCCAGUGUGGUGUAGUGGUUAAGAGUGGUGGACUCAUAAUCUGGUGAACCGGGUUCGCGUCUCCGCUCCUCCACAUGCAGCUUCUGGGUGACCUUGGGCUAAUCACACUUCUCUGAAGUCUCUCAGCCCCACUCACCUCACACAGUGUUUAUUGUGGGGGAGGAAGGGAAAGGAGAAUGUUAGCCACUUUGAGACUCCUUUGAGUAGUGAUAAAGCGAGAUAUCAAAUCCAAAUUCUUCUUCUUCUUCUUCUUCUUCUUCUUCUUCUUCUUCUUCUUCUUCUUCUUCUUCUUCUCCUCUCCACCCACAUGCCCCCAAGCACCAGUUAAACAAGUUAAUUAAACAAGUUACCCAAUCAGAACCCAGGGGGGUGGAGUCAGAGGGACUAUAAAACCAGCUCUAGGAGGGUCAAAGGGAGGAGUUUGUUAAAGAGUUCAUUGGGAGUUGGGUGGAGUGGGAGUGAAUUGGGAUAGAGUCUGGGGGUAUGUUGAGUUAGUGUAGAGAAAUAAGUUGAGUCAGGAACAGUUAGGAGCUAGGAAGACAAGUAAAUAUCUGAGAGGUGGUUUAGUGAGUGAGAGCAGGUAGCGGCAGUUAUAGGUCUGGAUAGGCACCCCAUGAUUGUAAUUGACCAAUACCGUUUAUGAAACCACCCGCUUGUUAAACUGCAAUAAAUAAACAAAAGUUUAUGUUUCAAUUUAACCCUGACUGGACUCGGUAGUGUCCCAGGUAGGGCCUGGGUGGUGGCAGCGAGAAAUCAAGUGGUGGCACAGGGAUCAAUAGACGGUGAAACGUCCGGGGACUCUGUGUGAUCGCCACAGGAAAGUACAGAGUCUUGGUGUGUGUGAGAGGGAGCAGGGUGCUUUAAAUAAGAGGUAUGAAUGUGACCCUAGUCAUUAUAUAAAUUUAUUAUGCAGCAGCAUGACUAAACUACUACCUGAACCUGCUCCCCCAGCCCCCCAACACAACUCAGCUUCUUCUCAUCCCUGUUCUUUCCCCCCUUCUGUAUCCCAUGUCUUAAAAUGUAAGCCUUGAUUUUACCCUGUAAGCCACAUUAAUUGGCUUGGCAGAACAUGUAUAAAAGAUGCAGCAAACAAGCAAGCAAUUUGAUGAGAAGGGAAUCAAGGAGAGGACCUUUCGCCUGUUGAAAUUUUGCAUGGCGUGGAAAAAAUGUGAAGUUUCAUUACCAUAGCAAGGAAGGCAAGAGGAGUCUCCUUUUUACUGAAGGGUUUUUAAAGGUGACAAAGAAUCUCUGAGCUGUUAUUUACAGUCGGGUAGGAGAAGUGGGCAGGGGGAGAGAAGUGUUUUCCAAGCCCAGAGGCUCAUUUGAGUCUUAGCUGCUUUUGGAAGUGUAUGGGCCAUCUCCUAGCAACCACGCUUCCUGCUUUCUUUCAGCUGCAGGAAGGUGGUGAGUGCAGGCCCUGGUGCUGCGAUAAUCUGCUUCUCAGACCCCCAGGAGCACUUUGAGUGAAGCUGAUCGGCUUAUGCAAAUUCUAAAUCUCAUUGCAAGAUCAACCUUUUCUUUCCAUUUCUUCCGAUAAGCUUUCUUAGAUGGCCCGAGACCCCCCUCCCGGCCCUCCAAAUAAGGCCUUCCAUUGAAAGACAGAGAGUUAAUUAUGAUAGCUCUCUGCACAUGCCCCAGAGACACACCUUUCUCCAGUCAAUGCAUUCACUGCAAUAGGAAGAGAAGAAAUAGUCUCCAAUGAAAUAUGAUAACAAACAUUAAGUUCAGAGUCAGAGGCCAAUGACUUCUGAAAGAGACUCUUAUUUGCAAGGCUAGUGAAGCAAACUAAGGAUCAAAAGUUAUCUGUGGCAGUGAUCAGACUGCAUAGGCAUAGACAGGGCAUUUGUUAUACCCCCCUAACUGGAACAUAAGAUAGUUAAUAGUUUUGUUUACAUGAGAAUUACAUGUACAUUCAAAUGAAUGAAUAUGCAGCUGUCCCAUGCAGGGAUCAAACCUGCAAACCUUGGCAUUAGCGGCGCCAUGUUCUAACCAACUGUUGUUGCAUAAGUGGGUAAGAAAAAGUAAGUUUGAGAAUGGCUCCCUGGUUCAAAAUUCAUUGUGGCCAUGAACUCAAAAGGCCAGUCUCCUCUCAGUCACCAGCUUCGCAGUGUCUUGGGACCAUAAUUUUGUUGUUGUUGUUUAGUUGUUUAGUCGUGUCCGACUCUUCGUGACCCCAUGGACCAGAGCACGCCAGGCACCCCGGGACCAUAAUACUGUCUUAAAAUUACAGGCAUGUUGUCUGGGUUACUGAGAUUGUGCAUGCAAAGUGAUAGGAGCAGGAUUGCAUACAAUGCUAGGAUCAUUUCAUAUCCCCACAUAGAUCCUUCUGGAAGAAAGAUUUGUUUGUUGGAACCGUAGAGCUGGAAAGGACCUUGCAUGUCAUCUAGACCAACCUGCUGCUUUCGACAAGAUCCACAGUGCAGGAUGGGAGCACAUCAACACCAACAGGUGGACCUCUGGCAUUUGCUUUGAUAUCUAGAGUAGAGGAGAAGCUACCCCCUCUCUCUGCAGUCUCUUCCACUGUUGAACAGCUUCUACCAUCAGAGAGUUUCUUUUCCUAAUAAGGACAGCUACAGAAUUUGGGGCUUUUGGGUUAAGGGGAGGGCAUAAGUGAUAGCUUAGAAGGAUAUACACUUCUGUAGGGUGUAGAGAAGGGACGCAGGUGGUGCUGUGGUCUAAACCACAGAGCCUAGGGCUUGCUGAUCAGAAGGUCGGUGGUUCGAAUCCCAGCGAUGGAGUGAGCUCCCGUUGUUUGGUCCCAGCUCCUGCCCACCUAGCAGUUCGAAAGCACGUCAAAGUGCAAGUAGAUAAAUAGGUACCACUCUGGCGGGAAGGUAAACGGCAGUGUAGGGAAGUUUUUAAUAUUUAAUGCUGUACUGUUUUUAACAUUUGAUUGGGAGCCGCCCAGAGUGGCUGGGGAGACUCAGCCAGAUGGGCGGGGUAUAAAUAAUACAUUAUUAUUAUUAUUAUUAUUAUUAUUAUUAUUAUUAUUAUUCCAUGCUCUGCUCUGGUUCGCCAGAAGCAGCUUAGUCAUGACCUGGAAGCUGUAUGCCGGCUCCCUUGGCCAGUAAAGCGAGAUGAGCACCGCAACCCCAGAGUCAUCCACGACUGGACCUAUUGGUCAGGGAUCCCUUUACCUUUAGGGUGUAGAGAAAGAGGUGAGCACAAAUUUCCCUCCCCCACCCUGCUUCAGAAGAAUAGAACUUGUGGACAUCCAAUGAAGAUGUUGGAAGAUUCAAGACCGACCAAAAAUAAAUACUUCUCCACACAAAAUAGAUUUAAGUUAUGGGAUUUGUUCCCACCAGCAGUGGAGCAUGUCUUUGUGGUGCCUGGGGCAGACAUGCCCGGGUAGUAUGGGGGAGGGCAGGGUGCCGAGGGCGAUGUGAAGAGGAUGCAACAGGACAGGCGCUCGCCCUUCCAAUCAGUCCAGUCGGGUGCAUGCCUGUUGCGUCUUCCUGACACCCUCUCAGCCCCAUGCUACCAAAUGCAUCCCUGAAAAAACUGCGCCCAGGGCAACAGCCCCCCUUGCCCUGCCCAUGCUAGGCCUCUGGUUUCCACAGGAGGUGUUGUUGUUGUUGUUGUUUAGUCGUUUAGUCGUGUCCGACUCUUCGUGACCCCAUGGACCAGAGCAUACCAGGCACUCCUGUCUUCCACUGCCUCCCACAGUUUGGUCAAACUCAUGCUGGUAGCUUCGAGAACACUGUCCAACCAUCUCGUCCUCUGUCGUCCCCUUCUCCUUGUGCCCUCCAUCUUUCCCAACAUCAGGGUCUUUUCCAGGGAGUCUUUUCUUCUCAUGAGGUGGCCAAAGUAUUGGAGCCUUGGCUUCACGAUCUGUCCUUCCAGUGAGCACUCAGGGCUGAUUUCCUUCAGAAUGGAUAGGUUUGAUCUUGUUGCAAUCCAUGGGACUCUCAAAAGUCUCCUCCAGCACCAUAAUCCCAAAGCAUCAAUUCUUCAGCGGUCAACCUUCUUUAUGGUCCAGCUUUCACUUCCAUACAUCACUAUUGGGAAAACCAUAGCUUUUACUACACGGACCUUUGUUGGCAAGGUGAUGUCUCUACACAGGAGGUAGUGAUGGCCAUAAACUUGAAUGGCUUUAAAAGAGGAUUGGACAAAUUCAUGGAGUAGAGUGCUACCAAUGGCUAUUCAACUGGAUGGCUUAUGUUCUACCUCUGCUGUCAGAGGCUGUAUUCCUCUGAAUACCAGUUUUUGGGAACCACAGGAAGGGAAGAAGGAGGAGGAGGAAGUGGAGGAGGAGUUUGGGUUUGAUAUCCCACUUUAUCACUACCCUAAGCAGUCUCAAAGCUCCUUUCCCUUCCUCCCCCACAACAAACACUCUAUGAGGUGAGUGAGGCUAAGGGACUUCAAAGAAGUGUGACUAGCCCAAGGUCACCCAGCAGCUGCAUGUGGAGGAGCGGGGACGCGAACCCGGUUCACCAGAUUACGGGUCCACUGCUCUUAACCACUACACUACACUGGCUCUCUGUUAUGCCUAGGUCCUGUCUGUAGGCUUCCCACAGGCAGCUGGUUGGCCCCUAUGAGAAUAGGAUGCUGAACUUUGAUGGGCUAAUGGCCUGACCCAAAAGGGCUUUUCUUAUGUUCUUAACAUUUAGACAGUUUCCUUGUGAUUUCCACCUUUUGGUAAAACAGUUGCAGAGAACAAUAAAACAAAGCAAAAGAGGUGGGAGAGAGUUAAACUCACAAAUUAACGUUCCAUUUCACGUUUUGUGACUAAGCAUUUAGAAAAUGCUUCUGGACUCUGUCUUACUAGCCCUGUUUUCUCCACUUAGGCCCCAGGAUUCAUGCCUUCAAAGUUCACGAAUCUGUGUAUCAUUUGUUCAUGAACCAUUGGUGGGUCUAAUAUGUACACUAGAUGGAGCUUGCACAACAUAUCUGUCUAGGGCUUUUCACUGCAUCAAGCCCAUGCUGUUACUUAGUUGUACCGCAUGACACACUUACUUUAGAGUUUAACAAGAAAGCAGGGUUCUAAAUACAGCAUGGAAUAGAUUGAGCAAAUGUCUGGUAUCUAAUUAUACUAGGACAGCAAGAUUCAGCAGUGUAGUUGAUUAAAUCAUUUGAAUAAAAACGUAUUUAUUCUAUUAAAAAGGCGGCUUUUUGAAGUUAAUUAUUUUAAAUAUUAAUACUUACACAUAUUAGAAAAGGCAAUACUCUUGGUUUAAGAACGAAACACCUUCUAGGCUGGUGUCUUGUGCAAUAAAGGAGUGCAUGUCCCCAAAAGAAAUUGAGAAUGCCUUGUUCCUUCAAAAGUCGUGUUUUAUUCAUCUUCAAAUGGAUGCACAUUUAGUAUGCCACCCUAUAGGCACUUACCUAGAAGGAAGUCCCAUUGAGUAUAUUGGAACUUCUGCUAGAGUAAACAAAUACUAGACUGUGCUGUAAAUAAUCAGGUAAUUAUGAAUGAAUUGAUUGAAACCAAAAUGAUUAACUGACCAAUUUCUUUUUAACCACUAGCCCUACAGCUCUUUGGCAUGUAGAAGAUGCCAGAUCCAAUCCGUGUUACUGAAUGUUAAAAGCCUAAGUCGUAUGAAAGCAGGGGAGUAAGGUAAAGUAAAGGUAAAGGAACCCCUGACUGUCAGGUCCAGUCGCAGACGACUCGGGUUGCAGCACUCAUCUCACUUUACUGGCCAAGGGAGUCGGCGUACAGCUUCUGGGUCAUGUGGCCAGCAUGACUAAGCAGCUUCUGGCGAACCAGAGCAGGGCACGAAAAUGCCGUUUACCUUCCCACCAGAGCGGUACCUAUGUAUCUACUUGCACUUUGAAGUGCUUUCCAACUGCUAGGUUGGUAGGAGCAGGGACCAAGCAACGGGAGCUCACCCCGUCACGGGGAUUCGAACUGCUGACCUUCUGAUCAGCAAGCCCUAGGCUCUGUGGUUUAGACCACAGCACCUGCCCCAAUAAUGGUCAGUGGCAAGAAGGCUGGGUCCCUGCAAGGAGGAAGGUUGAUGAUCAACUGUGAUAUUUCCAUGCAAACCACAGAUGGAAUGUCAACAUGGGAAGUGGCUUUCAUUCUGCCUGACAUCCUUUUUAUAGCAUCACUUUCCAGAUCACAAUUAGCACUGUCAAAAGACUAUGAACAGAGUUCAUUAUAGAACUGCAUAGAUGGGGAUCCACUAAGCCAUAGGUGGGGAACCAUAGACCUGGGAGCAGAAUGCAGCGCACACACCCACACCAGUCCUCUCUAUAUGGCCAUCAGGACUCUCCCCAGAUCAGAGAGGGGAGAGGGCGUAUGUGCCAAAACUAGCUCAUAAUACAAAGGCAUCACCCAGUUUUGUCUCUGGCCCAGUCCAUCACAGACACGUGGUAUUUUUUCUGCCAUGUGCUAAGCCAGACACAGCUCAAUGGGCCUGAUUUUGCCACUUGCAAAAAACUAAGGCAGUGAGGAGGUUCUCGAGAAAUUGUUGGGCCACAGUACAACGCUGGGAAGGCUGCAUUCAUUAUGAUGGGAAAUAAGUUGCACCAAGAAUCCGUGGGCCUCUGAAAGAGAAUUUUCAUGAAGACAAUUUAUAAGGCAGGGAUUGGGAACCUGUGGCCCUCAAGAUGUAGUUGGAUUCCAGUUUCCAUCACCGUUGACCAUUGGCUGUGAUGACUGGGGCUGAUGGGAGGUGGAGUCUGACUACCCCUGGAGGGCCACAGGUCCCCCAAUCUUCAGAAAAGGCAUGGAGGCCGUGACCCCCAUCUUGGAACUGCUGAUAAUCCACAUUUUCAUCCUCUGUGCAAAUUAGACAACAGUGUGAGGAGGAGAAGACUCUGAGGGGAGAAAAAGGUGAUGCAUUGGAUAGAAUAUUGAGCUUUGGCAGAGGAAAGAUACCGACUCCAAUCUCACAGAGCCUGCACAGAAGAGACAGGGAUGAACACACAUCUCUUUUUAUUUGAAAAACAAACAGACUGAAAUCCUGCUGAUAAGAUCUUUGACAGCUGAAGAGGGACCUGGGGGGCACUGGCUAAAUCCAACCCCAUACUCUCCUCUUCUCAAGCAGGUCUGAUACUAUCUUUUUCUUCUUCUUCUUCUAAUGGACUAUGCAUUUGCAGACUUGGUCAUUGAAUUAGCUACAUCAUAAUCUCUCCAUUUCCUAUAUACUGGGAGAGAAAGAAAAAUGCUUCAAAAUAGGAUAGGUUUGCCGAGCACUAUGCAUAAUAAGAGUGUUGUAGCAAUGUAUCAUUUAUUUAUUAGAACACACACACACACACACACACACACUCACACACUCACACACUCACACGCACACUAAAAGGAUGCCAAGAUAGUUUACAAUAAAGAAGCAAUUCAGUGCAAAAGAACUAAUUCUGUAUGCAAUGGAUGGAAUCCAACUAUGACCUCCUAUGAUUACAAUAGGUCUACUCCUGGCACAACAGAACUCCCCUUCUAUACAUCCACUGAAUCUGUUCAAGGGGUUCCCACCCACCCUACAUAUUUGGGGCAUAGGUGGGGGUAAAUGUAGGGGAAGGGGGAAUCCCAUUGCACUCACAGUAAACCUUGUGCAGCUGAGCUGAGUGAGUAGAUUACCACCAAAUAUAUCACAAUUACAAAAGAUCUAGGAAUUGUUCAACCAGUUUCAGAGGCCAGGGAAAGUGCAAAUAAAUAGAUAUGUUCUUAACAGCUGGCUGAAUCAACAUCUCAGUGGGGAGUUCACUCCAAAGGCUGGGGUCCACCGUGGAGAAUAUAUGCUGAUUGUGAUUAAUAUGGUGAUUAGUGCCUGGAGAGAAUGAAUGAAAAGAAUGCAUCUGUAGUUUCUGAAACAAAAAUACAACUUUGGGACAUCCUGUGAAUGACGGGUCCAGGAUGAGCAAAAGGAAGUUAUCACACAAUGCACAGUCAAUUAACAAGUGAUUGAUUACAAGAAAGGAGAUUCUGACUGAACAACAGGAAGAUCUUUCUGACAAUAAGAGCUGUCUGGCAGUGUAACAGACUGCCUCAGAAGGAGUGGGACUCUCCACUGGAUAUUUUAAAGCAGAGGUUGGAUGGCCAUCUGUCAUGGAUGCUUUAACUGUGAUUCCUGCAUUGCAGGGGGUUGGACUAGAUGAUCCUUGAGGUUCCUUCCAACUCUGCAAUUCUAUGAUUCUACAAUGAAGGAUGAGAGUUUUUUGAAACAACAACAACAUCAAAGGCUUGUCAAUAGCUGUGACCUAUGAUACCAGCUAGGAAUUGCACUUCCAAAUUUAGAAGCAGAAUAUAUUUCAGUGUCAGAGGCUGCAUAUAAACAAAACUUGACUUCCUAUAUUUUCCACUUGCUUGUGGGCCUUGUGGCCUUCCUGGGUGUUAUCUGGCAGGCUACUGCAGCAGACAAGACACGGUUGACUAGGUAGACUUUUGCUGUGAUCCAAAAUUUGCAGACUCCUCAGUCUCUGUGUAUUUUGCCUUCCUAUAGUUUGCAUUAAAAGCAACAUUGCCCUCAUCUUAUAAUUGAUCCCUCCUGAUUCUUAUUAAAGGGGCACCCAAUUGCUGUGACAUCAAGGCAUUUCUGCAAGCUGUGCAACAGCAUGUUUUGCUGUAAAGUCCUUGCAAUUGUCUCCCAUUUCCCAGGAAACCCAAUGGGGAGAACACCUUUGGCAGCUGCUAAUUGACAGCUCCCUCCUGCUCCAUAGCUCUAAUGGGCACCAGCAGAUAGAUAUGGUCCCUGAUCUCUUCCACUGCAAACUACUGUGAAUCCAUUGAUGGGUCACGGAGAGCAUCUAUAUUAUUCCUCUCUCUGUAUGCCUGUAACAUAAAGCUGAUGUUCUUUAGAUGGGCAGAUCAAUAAGGCUCAAUGCAAUUGCAGAACAUAUUGCAUAUUGAUGUGCUGGUUUUGUUGUGUUACUAUUUGGCCACGGUUGUAGCUAAAUAAUGAUUCACUACCAUGCUUUUGUUUAACCUGACUUUUUUGUUAUUUUGCUUUGUUUUUUAACUAUCAUUUUGAUCAUGGGUAGCUAACUGUGUCUUGUCUGGCUGUGAGCCUGAAAUUAAAUGAAAUUAUGUCCCACGACUCACCAUUGGGAGAAGUAUGACUUUGAGAUGUCAGUAGGGGAGGGUGGACCAGACAGAUGGAAGUGUGUGUGUGUGUGUGUUUGUGUGCAUUAGCAAAACAACACAGAGAGGGAGGGGGAGUAAAGUGGGAUCAAUCCAGAUAAUGCCUUUCCUUUCGUUAUUUAUUUCCAGGCACUCACACAGAGACUUUGAGGCUUGCUCCUUUCACAUAGUCGGGACAUGGGUGGAACUGUGGUCUAAACCACUGAGCCUAGGGCUUGCCAAUCGGAAUGUCAGCGGUUCGAAUCCCCGCGACGGGGUGAGCUCCCGUUGCUUGGUCCCUGCUCCUGCCAACCUAGCAGUUCGAAAGCACGUCAAAGUGCAAGUAGAUAAAUAGGUACCACUCUGGCGGGAAGGUAAAUGGCAUUUCCGUGCGCUGCUCUGGUUUCGGCAGAAGCGACUUAGUCAUGCUGGCCACAUGACCCGGAAAAAACUGUCUGCGGACAAACGUUGGCUCCCUUGGCCAGUAAAGAGAGAUAAGUGCCGCAACCCCAGAGUUGUUCGCGACUGGCCUUAACUGUCAGGGGUCCUUUACCUUUUACCUUUCACAUUGGUGGACACUUUAAACAUAACACAUGGGACAAAUCUAUCUGGGAAGCUGACUGACUAGGCAUCCCCCCAUACAGUUUAAAGUUCAACCAUGGCUGAGCUGCAACCACACAAUCCAUAGAAACUGUGGAACUUGUUCUCAUAGGAGGCAGUGAUGGCUACCAAUGUCAAUGGUUUAAAAAAAGGAUUAGACAAAUUCAUGGAUCAGAGGGCAUGUUUCCAUGAGGAGCUUUUCUUCCUGGUUUGGCUGAUCAACCCACAGUUCACUACCUUGGCUUCAGCUGGGUGAACAUGCAGUUGACCCUCAGUUCUCACCAAGUGCCUAGCCAAGGGUGUUCACAUCAUGACCCAAUCAUAUAUCCAAAGUGUGCCAAAACAUUCUCUGGUACUGCAAUGAAUGACAAAGUCCCUGUUCACAUGGAACACUGUGCAUCCCCAUGUACUCUCCUAGGUUGAAUCUGAUGUUUCAAGAAUGAACACAACAAGAAAAUUGGCAAUGAACAGCAAGGAGACAAUCAAGAGCUGAGCUCUGUUGCCUUCCCUUGAUAAUGUUAUUGUUGAGGAAGAAUGGUUGAAAUUUAACUAUGUUUUACUUUACUUUCUAUUCUUGUGUGUAGUUGUCCUAGCUGGGCAAGCAUGAAUAUGGAGGAAAGACACCAAAGAUUGUGCACUCAUGCACACCAGAGUUAUAAAGCAUUUGGAAGAGUGGGGUAGUUUGGCUUUUAUUUUGAUGUGGGGCAAGGCUUAAUUGGCACCAUAGCUCAGCUCAUUAAUACAGUGGUACCUCAGGUUAAGUACAUAAUUUGUUCCGGAGGUCUGUACUUAACCUGAAACUGUUCUUAACCUGAAGCACCACUUUAGCUAAUGGGGCCUCCUGCUGCUGCUGCUGCUGCUGCUGCACCGCUGGAGCACGAUUUCUGUUCUCAUCCUGAAGCAAAGUGCUUAACCUGAAGCACUAUUUCAGGGUUAACAGAGUCUGUAACCUGAAGCGUAUGUAACCUGAAGCGUAUGUAACCCGAGGUACCACUGUAGUGAUUUUGAGCAUGUACAGAGCUCCAUUCUCUCAUUAAACACCUAGCCCCAAACCAUACAGGACAACUUCCAGGUCAGAGGAUAUUAUUCACAGCAGCUCAGUGGCUGCAUUGGAUGAAGACGGUCCCAGGUUCAAACUGUGGCAUCCCCAAGACCUGCUGCCAGUCAGUGUAGCCAACACUGAGCUAGAUGGAACAAGAAUCUUACUGUAGUAUUCCGCACAUGAUUAUACAUUGGUGCAUUCAACACACAUGUCUGUACCCUUUUUUGAGGACCUCAGCCCACAUGUUGACUUUCAAAUUCACUACAGUAUGUGGAUAGUCAUUCACACAAACAUGUACAUGUGCAUCACAUAAUGUGUGAAAAGCACCAGUCCUCAUGACAGCAUCUUUCACAGUCCAAUGCUAAUCAUGUGAAUCCCAUUGAGCUCAAUGGGGCUUACAUUGUUGUCUUGUAUUAGAAAUGAUUCAGUGAGCUAGGUUCAUUUAAAAAAAAAAAAAAGAAUAUAUAGGGGAGACUAUUUGCCCAUGGUAAGUUCAUGGUACCAACAUGAAUAAGAGUUUCUGCCCUCCCCUCAAAUAGUCUGGCUACUCCCAUGGAGGAUAAAGGCCAUUUGGCAACUCUGGGUAAUUUAGAGUUUCAAUUUUAUAUGUGUCUGGGAAGUAGAAUAUUGUGUAUUAACUAUGUAGUGAAUCAAAGCUGAUUUUUAUUUUUAUUUUAAAGUUUUUUUUAUGAAAAGGUUUUGUGUGAGAGAGAAAAGCGGGGGGUGGGGCUAGAUACAACAGAAUAAAAAUGUAGUCUGUUAGAAGGGGAUGAUACAGAUAUUGCAGUAACUCCCAGAAACACAAACGUUCCACUUCCUGCAGUCUUCAGUGAGAACCAAAACCGUUUGGCAAUCCAGUCAAACCAAGCGUUUCAUCUUAGAGAGUGGGAGAGAGAAAAGAACAGAAAAGGCACGGAUCUGGGUCAUUCGCCUCCAGGGCUUUCGUCUUCUCCAUUUAGAGCACCGUCACAGAAAACAUGGAUAAAACAUUAAUAAUAUAUACUUAAAAAAAUAAAGUCCGACUGUGCCUUAUAAAGACAUUGGGAGAUUUGGCCCUAGAAAUUAGCAUUGCUGUCUGUGUCCGACUGAGAACGUGAGCUAAUCUCCUGCAGCAGAGCCGUUAAAAUAAUUGAUGAAUGUGUGCCGGAUUCCCAGGAGUGGGGGGGGGGAGGGGGGAGGUACUGAUUUCAGUUCUGUAGCGUCAGGAUUGCGUCAAUUUGGGUUUCAACCACGUCUUCAGUCUCAGAGCUCAGUUAGUCAGAAGAUCUGAACCACAGGACAAGGGCUCACGAAUCAGUGUGCAGGAAAGGAGGACUGUACUAGACCCUCCCUCCCCUUUCCCCCCACCCAUUCCUCUCUACCGCCUCCUCUUCCUUCUAAAACCUUCCCGAUCUUUCAGGCUUGUGUUUUCAUCACGUUGGAAAACAAGACUCCCUUGGUUGUGUGUACGUAUAUGCGUUUUCUCCCUCCCUCCUCUUCAGUGAGCGGCUGAGCACAGGAGCAAAAAAAGGAAAGAGCGGUUUCAGCACCUUGGAGAGAGCGCGCAGCAAGCAACAUGGCUCCGAUUGCAGCCAGCCGGGAAGAAUUUGGUAAGCGUCUUCUUUAAAAAACCCGAUCUUGAAGGCUUGAUUAAUUUCAUUUCAUUCAGGUGCUUUGGAAAAGGCAAUUAUAUGACUACUGUUUCGGGCUCCUGGGGGAAAGCCAGCGCUGGAAAGCUAAGGCUGUUCCUGUGCUCUGAUAUGAGCGACGUCAGUUGCCUCUCCUUAAAAGCAUCUUUUAUAUUUGAUGCUUGGCUUUUACAGAAGUUUUACACCCCUUUUUUAUUAGUUCUACAGUUUAUUGAUUUCCGCCGUGCUCUUUCUAUGGCUCCCAAAAAUUCACAAGUAAAAUAUAUGCACCGUGAGGUGUGUCUUUUGGGGUGGGGGUGGGGAGUGUCUGGAGAAAGAUACUGUUUGUUGUGAUCUAGCUUUAGAGAAGAAUCAGUUAUAUGCAUUUCAUUCCAAAUCCAUAUUCUACAUGUUCUCAGGAUAAUUGCCAUAACUGCUUCUUUCAAGAGAGGAACAGAUAGAUAUUUACUCAAAUAGAUUAGUCAUCCACCCACCCACUCAUCUGUCCAUAGGCUUGCUCUCUUCCUCUGCAACUGUCUGUCUCCUGUCAUUAGUGAUGUUGCUAAGGGAGUGUAUGCAAAGUACCCCUCCCUUAAAAAAUGCUUUGAACUAAGUAUUGUGUGUGUGUGUGUGUGUGUGUGUGUGUGUACAGAAACAAAAGUUAAACCCUGGUUCUCUUCUCAUAUUCAAAGUAGGCAAUUAAAAAACAACACUUUUCUGCACCAAUAUAUCUGCUUAAACUUUAAACAAGUAGGCUCGUUAUCUUUUAGACCUAGAGAGAGCUGUAUACAUUCAUAUAAAUAAAGUUGUUUCCCUCCCCUUGUCCCUAGAGGGUGGUUCAGCUAGUGACCACUUUACCUUUUUACCUUACUUUUAUUCAUGUUGUCCUGAUAGCUAUCAUUGCCAUAUGCCAGGGUAGCAGCACAGCUCCUCCACAGUCGAAGUACACCCGAGACUGUGAGAGUAAACUGUAAGUCAUAUAUGUCAGUUCCACUAGCCUCUAGAUGAAGUUAAUAGGAGUUUAAAAUUAUGUUGGCAUAGUUGAAUUCUUUGGGUCCCAACUCAAACUGGAUCAGUUCAUAUUUGUGCCGUGUGUCUAGAUUCUGCCCCUUCCAGUUAACACUUCUGUAAUCUGUCCUACUCACUUUCAGAAACAGCACAUUUUCAAACCAGUCUACCAUUUCCAUAUAGCUGCUAUAAUACCUAAGCAAUUGCUUUGCCAUAUGAAAACAGCAAGGAAGGCAGAUUGUAAGCCCACUGGCAGCUAUUGUACAGCACAUUUAGUUUUGAUUUCAUCUUGUAUCACCCCCCCUGGGUGUUUCUAAUUUCAUUUGUGACAGCUUGCUCACCUGAUAACUGACUUUAUGAGGAUAAUUAAUAUAAAACUGUGGCAUUCUUCCUCUCAGAGGCUGGGCUUGUAACUUGCACCAUCAUUCCUGCUGCUGGAGACAAUACUUCGGCAUGCAAGCUUCAAAAGAGUAUUUGCAAAUAUGUCAAUUGGCCAUUAAAAUCUGUUCAGCCGAGUUAAUGAUCCAGUCUGGCCUCUUUCCCAAAGCAUCUUAUGCAACUGUCAUUACCUCACUGUUGAUGGGUUGUGUCUUGUCUCCUAGCCCCAUAUUUUGUAUGAGGAAAAAGAAAUAAAGAAAAAGUGACCCAGUCCACAAAAAUGUAAGGGGUGGAACUGACCCAGUGACCAGUGCUCUACCCCAAAGCAAGGUUUUCUGCACACUAACCCAUUUCCAUGCCCUGCAUGUAGUAAGUUCAUUACAAAUCUACGCUAAUCAAAAGCAGUCAGCCAGAGUGAGAAAAGAUCUCCCAUGCUAACAGUCCUAUAAAAGUGGCAAGGUAGGUAGUGAGAGCUGAUGCUAACUCUUCAAUAGCUCAUUUAUAUGUGGGACCCUUCAUUUCUCCAUGGAUUUGAUUAAAAACAAUUCAAGUCAUUAUUUUAAUGCCAAGGCUGGGUGUGCAAGUCUAGUGUGUGUGUGUGUGUGUGUGUGUGUGUCCCUGUCAUUUAAACUGGAGAUCAGGGAUCUGCUUACACAAGUUUGGGAGGCUCAUUCUGCAUCUCAAGCAGAGAUUUACUUAUCCUUUCAAGGGAACUGUUCGUUCACUCUCUCUUAAACAGAGAGGAUGCUGAUCAUUUGUUAGAACACCAGCACUCUUGCUACCUUCCUGCAUAAGCAAUGCCAUUGCAUUAAUAUUUCAUGAGUCCCCCAUUUCACUUGGAGAAUGUGGACUUAGCCUUGAUUGGUGCUACCAGCGUGUGGUACUUAGACUCACUUAGAAAUGUUACUUAUGGACAGAAUUGGAUUUCCAAUUAGUGGCGUUCAUUUGGCCCUGCACUGCUUACUCAUGAAAUGCUAAUGCUCCUCUUUUAUCCAUGCGCCAGAUGUCAUUGCAGCUUUCAUGCUAUUUUCCCUAUUGCCAUUUGGAAUGUGGGCUGAUUCAUACGAGUGAUGGAAAGAAGUUCUCGGGGAAUUGAUUUACUUGCCGCGGCUGGAAAAUGUGCUUCCUUGAAAUGUUGUUUUAGAUGCCCUCAUCUCUGGGUAGCUUUGAACGUCAUUUUGCCUCUGCAACUAGAUAGAUCCAAUGCUUACAAAAUAUUAGGUGCACAGAUGGAUUUAAACAUGCACUUGCAUAGUGGACAAAUAGCACAAGGUGAAAUGGCUGGCUGCAUAUGUUCAGUGUUGCAUAGAAAACUGACACCAGGCUGAUGGCAAGAAUAUCCUAAGACUCUAAGUUUCUGCAUUUUCAUGCCAAACACCAGUCCCUUCCUGCAAUGAGGCCAUGCAAAUAUGUAGCUUCUUGAACACAAAGGGAAAUCCAUAAUAUAAAAGUGGAUGUCAUGCAUAUGACUAACACAUAUUUCAAAUUCUCUUUUAUCUACUUAGACUAAUGUGAAGGGUGUAGGAGGGAGCUAGAGAUGUUUAUAUGUGUACUGAAUUCAUAAAUUUUAUAUGGGGCAGCAGCAAAAUUGAACAGAAUCGUGUCAGUUGUUAUAAUCACAAUUGUUGAACUGUGUUUGUUCCAGGUUUGCAUGCAACAGCAAACAUGCCCAGCCAGAGUUUUCGAUACAUGUUCAUACCUGCAGGGGGCGCAACAUGAAUAGGCUUUAUUGUUAUAAAGUAUACCUAGCAGUUCAUUCUCUCUGCUUCACCAGUUGGCUCACCUUUGCAUAGUUAGUUUAACUACUGCUUUCAACCUCUGAAGUCUGCCGUUCAUGCAUUUGUUGCCAUGUGCUUUGACUUGCAGAUGAAAUUCCAACUGUGGUUGGAAUCUUCAGCGCCUUUGGGCUGGUCUUCACUGUCUCCCUCUUUGCUUGGAUCUGCUGCCAACGCAAAUCUUCCAAAUCAAAUAAGACCCCGCCUUACAAAUUUGUUCAUGUGCUGAAGGGUGUCGACAUCUAUCCUGAGAACCUCAACAGCAAAAAGAAGUUUGGGGCAGAGGACAAGGAAGAAGGCAAAAGCAAACCGGUUAUGCCAAAGACCUCUCUCCACCUUGAUCUGGAGAAACGAGAUCUGAACGGCAAUUUCCCCAAAACAACCCCCAAAAUACCCAGCUCCUCAGAUCUUGAGAACUUCACUCCAAAGCUCUUUCCUGAGAGGGAAAAAGAUUCUGUCUCCCCUGAUAGCCUGAAGUCUGUUACUUCCAUAUCUUCUGAAGAGAAGCAAGAUAAAUUAGGGACUCUCUUCUUCUCCAUUGAGUAUAACUUUGAGAAGAAGGCUUUCAUGGUGAACAUCAAGGAAGCACGUGGCUUGCCUGCCAUGGAUGAACAGUCAAUGACUUCUGAUCCAUACAUCAAAAUGACGAUACUGCCGGAGAAGAAGCACAAGGUGAAAACUCGAGUACUGAGAAAAACAUUAGACCCAGCUUUUGAUGAAACCUUCACCUUCUAUGGAAUCCCUUAUACUCAAGUCCAAGAUCUGAGCCUUCACUUUAUGAUCCUAAGUUUUGACCGAUUUUCCCGAGAUGACAUCAUUGGAGAAGUUCUCUUUCCUCUGUCCGGGAUUGAGUUGUCUGAAGGAAGGAUGCUGAUGAACAAGGAGAUCAUCAAAAAGAAUGUUAGGGUAAUUGAUCUUGAAUCAUAUUUUGUAUUAUCAACUUAUUUCGCCUGCCCUAUCUCAGCACUUAACAGUUUUUCUAAAGGCAGAAUCUAAGUAUAGCACCCUGACAACAGCCUACAUGCAUCUUGAAUAUAUAAAAUAAACUAGAGAGUCUCAACAAUGUGAAAGGAUGUCUGCCUAUAUCCCCAUUUCAAUUAUCUCAACAAGGGUUCUUAAAAUAUCUAGGUAUGAUGGUCCAGUUGUGUAUUGAUAAACCCUCAGAGGGAAGGGACUUCAUCAGUCAAGUGCAGAACAGAUAUUAUGCAGAGCUCUUAACAGUGCCAGUUCUACAGAUUGAAGAGGUAGAGUGGGCAUAUAUGGGAUAAGGCGAAAAAACAAAUGUCUGUUAUUCAUGUAUUUAAUUAUUUAUUAUAUUUAUUUGUCACUUUUUUACACCAAAGUAUCUAAAAGUGACUUACCUAUAUACCAUGGCUGAGAAACAUGUGCCCCCUCCAAUGCUGUUGCAUUCCAACCCCCAUCAACCCCUGCAGCCACAAUGGCCUGUGGUUAGGGAUGAUGAGACCUGUAGUCCAGCAAUAUCUGGAAAGCCACAGGUUCCCCAUAUCUGUGAAAUACCAUCACACUGGAGGGAGGCAUAAUCUGUGGGCUACGAUGUAACCUAGUGUAUUGUUACACUCAACAGUCUUAAAAAUGAAAUAAAUCAAAAACCGCUUGGGGGGGCUGAUUAGGAACAGACAGAUAGAAGCCGGGAGAUUUUAACCCAUUGGAUUGUGCCAUUUUUCUCCACUCAAAAUGAUCCCUCCUGCUUUUACUUGUACCUCUGUAGGGUUCCAUACAGAUGUAAAUCAAACUCUUAAGCCCUUCUCCUCCCAUCUUAGGUCUACAUUCCAUGACCUACAUUUGCAAAUCCUCUAGGUUAAAAUAAUGUUAUGGGCUCACUGAGUUUCCAUGUGGUGAGAGGUUUCAGGGGGAUAGACAACACUGUGUCAACCUUUCAGCUUUGUGAGCAUGAGUACCUAUGACUUGGAAACCCAUUGUGAUGAACUAGAAGAUUCCCACUGUUUUCUGUGGGUUUUAAGCAGCAACUCAGUGUGUGAUCCUGCAGCACGUAAUUGUUACCAGUGGGAUUUCUGCAUCCAAUAUAUACUGGUAGUGGAUUUAAUUAUCUGAGUGCAGAUCCAUAUCCAGUACAGCAUUUUGUUGGCAGGUCCUACCUGUGCAUAACUGAAAGUGGUAUUGGAACACUAACUGCUCUUUCCAACAGUCACAAGUAGUUCUGUUGAAGUUCUUGGAUGAGGUGGGAAUGAAGUGCUUUAGAUUAUAGAGUAGAUGUGGUCACCAUGUGACCUUCCGGAUGCUAUCAGACUCCAGCUUCCACCACCCCUUAUUAUUGGCCAUGCUAGCAGGAACUUAUUAGAGUCCAGCAAUGUCAGAUUAGCCAGUCCUAGCCAAGAUUAGCCAGUCCUAGCCAAGUGGUCUGGGCCACUUCAGCUGGAAAAUCCAUUGUAAUCUCCCUUUCCCUCCCUCCCUCCCUGAACAUUCUUAAAGAUUGUGGCAUUUGAAAAUGGCAAUCUCACCUGCAUUCUGCAAUGGAACUUAUCCCCUUGAGAUUCUUCCUUCUCCUACCAGUGUAGACUUAGCUUGGAUUACUUUGAAUCCAGGGGACAGUGCAAAUCUUAGCAGGAUAUCUUACCUUAAGUAUCUCACAACAAAAGUGCAACUUGGGUCUGGUUCAGGCAAUGUUACUUUUAACACUUACUCAACACUUGUCUCUCAGGAAAAUAAAUAAAUCUCCUCAGUGGAAAAGGAGUGGGUUUGAGCUCCUAUUGGGUGAUAUAAAAGUGCUAUUGACAAUGAUUAACUCAUGAUGGCACAUUAACACAUGCUGGCUAUAGUGGCAACAUGGAUAUGCAAAUCUGACCCAAAACAACAUAUAACCUAAAGUUUGUUGGAUCAAUAGGUUCAUGAGUUCCAACCAAAUGCAAACUCUAUAUCUAGGCAGAAGUUGCUCCAUUUGAAUCUGAAGUCCUUGAACAAAGACCAAUACGGUUACAUUGACUUCAUCAGUGAAGGAAAAACAGUUUAAUCCAAGAGCUUAAUCAAGUGGUGGGCUGUAACAGUGCAAUCAACAUUGCAAUAAAGUCAAUGGCAAAAUAGAAAUAAAAAAUCUCCAUUGAUUUCUAUGGCUAUGAGUAUUAGCCUGCAUCUCCAUGGCUAUGAUCCAUAUGCAGUUAACCCUGUUCUCCCUCUUUGUGUCACUUCCUUUCCCCCCUCCCACUCCACCUAGUAGAUUAUUAUGGGAGUGACAGAUCACUCUUGCCAGGGGGUUGAGUUGAUAGUUUACAGAUGGAUUUCUUUUCCCAGGGGUAUGCACCAACCACAAGAUUCAUUUUGGUCCCUAAUCCUGCACUUCAGAAAAUAGGCCACGAAGUAUUUUGUAGGCUGCCCAAUUCAGCACAGCAUCAAAGUUUGAGUCUGCUUUAGGAAAAUUGGGUUUAAUCACCAUUGCCUCCUGGAAAUUACUAUUGGGAAUUUUGGGAAGACAAGCUAUAUGUAUUUUCCCUGUUGACAGAAGCGAAUGAAAUUUUAGGCAUAAUAGCCUCUCCAGAGUGGAUAAAGCCUUCCAAAUAACAGGCAGAUAGGUCUAGGCUUUUAUUUCAUUUUCUGCUGCUGUGCAACUUUAAAGUUUGUUUUUGUUUUGUUUUUUAAGAAAAGGUAUAAAGUUUUCCAUUUUUCAUUUGGCAGAAAAUGAUGGAUUUUGCAGGCAUAGGAUAUGCAAAAGGAUAUCUGCAGAGUUAUGUUCCAGCCUUUACAAUUUUUGGGGGGGAUAACAAUAUCACUUAAUCUCCUGUGAUGUUUUCUGGGCAAUUGGUCUGAAAAUAGCAGAUAUGAGAGAUGUUCCAUUGGUAAGAAAUCUGCCAAAUUUCAGACAAGUAGGUCAAAGGGAAUUUGUGCUAGGCUUCUUUAAAAAUAAUUGGGAUUCACUUUCCAGGUAAAAUAUUUAUCUCUGAUUAUCUGUCAAUGACAGUAAAGCUCUCCCUCCACUCUACCUUCACAUUUGCCUUUGUGAUUCCUCACUCUCACUCCCAGCCUCUCACUUUCCUUAUAUGGUAAACUUAGAGACAUUAGUUUUGCUUUUAGCAGACAAGUUUUCUGCAGUUCUUUUUUGUGUGUGUGUGAUUCUGAGUCAUAAAGAUACCACGAGGAGCUUUGUAUUGUCUUCUCUUGGUUCGGGGUCCCUCAGAUAGAUAUCAGACAAGUUCAGAAUUCCUCAAAAGCAACUCACUUUGGCUCAGGAUUUAUCCAUAUCCAUUGCACAUCUAAGUUUCCUCCUUCUCCUUCCACUUCUCUACUGAUUUUGCCUUUGUUCCUGGUUCCACCCACCACUGCUUCUUUCCACCAUCUGGUCACACCCACCUAUGUGUAAUUAGUCCAUUGGGCAUCUCCAGCUCUCUGGACACUCUGGUUGUCAGCUACUGAAUUAACUCAUAGUACUUGCACAACCAAAAUCUGAGUCCUCGAACAAUUUAGUUGAAGUUACCAGUAGUUCAUUACAUCUCACCUGGCCAAUCAGGGUAAGCAUGUUUUAGAAUAAAGGCAUUGGUGUUUUGAAUAUCAGUUGUUCUGGCACCAAUCCUGAGCAUUUUACUUUGAUGUAAGCCACAUAAAAAUCAAGGGGGCUUGCUUCCAAGUCAAAGUCUUUACUGUGUGUUUGUAAAUUGAUUUGGAAGUCACUUCAACAUAAGUGGAAGCCCAUUUAUUUUUUAAAAAAAUUCCAAACCUAAUAGAUGUCUCAAAGCCUGGGCAACCCAUAGCCCUUCCCGAGAACCUGCCUGUGUAUUGACUUUUUAGUAAUUGCUUUCAAAAGAUCAAGCGUCAAAUCAAAUUGCUUCUGUGUGUACCAAGCAAUAUUCCCAUCUGCAGCUUUUAUGGUUUUUAAUGCAACAAGCCCCUGUGUGUGACCUGGAGUGUUGAAGCUUCCAUGUUUUCUAUUUUCAUACUUAAAUAUUUUCCUCUAUCAAGGGGACUAUAUUGGUUUUGUAGCAGGGGGAGGGGAGAGAUCUGAUUUGUACCUUACGUUCUCAUAAGUCCAUCAAAACACUAAUUUGUCAGAUGCUAUUUGUGACAACAUUUCAAUAGACUGGCUGGCCAAGGAUUCAAUAUGCUUUAAAACCACAAAUAUAUAUAGUCAUAGUUGUGAGUUGCCCAUCUAGUAGCAGAUCUGCAUAUACAUCAUUUUUUGGGUGGGGUGGGAUAGGGUGAGGCUAGGGUAAUCCCAGACAGAUAGCCAUCUUCAAAUAUUUGAAGGGCUGUCACAUGGAAGAUGGAGAAAGCUUGUUUUCUGCUGCUGCAGAGGGUAAAACCAACACCAGUGGAUUCAAAUUACAAGAAAAGUGAUUCCAACUAAGCAUUAGGAAGAACUUUCUGAUGGUAAGAGCUGUUUGACAGUGGAACAGACUACCCCAGAAAGUGGUAGACUCUCCUUUAUCGCAGGUUUUUAAGAAAAGGCCAGAUAGACAUCUGUCAGGGAUUCUUUAGCUGUGAUUCCUGAAUUGCAGGGGGUUGGUUUACAUGACCCUUAGGAUCCCUCCCAACUCAACAAUUUUACGAUUCUUUGAUGUCUGCUACAUAUGAGCUAUCUUUCUAAUUCUCUAGAAGUCCUCCGGACGCGGCGAGCUGCUGAUUUCUCUCUGUUACCAGUCUACAACAAAUACUCUCACGGUGGUUGUUUUAAAGGCCAGACACCUACCCAAAGCUGAUGUUUCCGGAUUAUCAGGUAAUGUUAAAAUGCUGCAUUAUUACAUGCAUACAUUUGGAUUUAUAAUCAACACUGUCAUAGACUUAAGAGCUUGGACCAAGAAGUAGCAAAGGAGUAGGAGCUGUGCCCUCCCUCCUUCGCUCUAUUCAGUGUGGGCCCUGGCUAGUCACCUGUUCAAGGAACUGAGUAGGAAUAUUUUGGGUGGCAGUUCUUUAACUAACCUUUAGGGACUUCGUUUUUGGUUUGCUCCACACCAGGCUUCUUCAACCUCGGCCCUCCAGAUGUUUUGCGACUACAAUUCCCAUCAUCCCUGGCCACUGGUCCUGCUAGCUAGGGAUCAUGGGAGUUGUAGGCCAAAAACAUCUGGAGGGCCAAGGUUGAAGAAGCCUGUUCCACACUGUUGGGUAACUUGAUUGACAAUUUGGAGAGCAGCUGGUAUUUGUUUCUCAUUGAGCAUGGAGUCCAGGCAGGUAAGGAAGUUGGGAAGAAUAAUUGUAGACAUACGAUGGGAUUAUUGGGUCAAUGGCACCCUUUAGGGAUCUGCCAGUGCUUUAUGCCUGGGGGGAUUUAAUGGGGUACCCUUUAGAUCUGUCUUUCACAUUUUGGGUGAACUCUGGGCAGUAGAGCCUGGGUGUGCUUCUACCCAUGACUCAUCUAGCAAUGAGGGAGUCCUUUCCCACCCCUCCUUUAUGAGGAGCCACAGACUGCAGCUGUGUCAUCUAUUCAGUGGUCUAGAGGGAGGUUUCCCUACCAGUUAGAUGGAAUUCUCACCUGCUCAUAUUUUCUGAAUUUUUGGUUAUUUGGAUGUUCCGUGAAUUAGUUAUAUUUUAACAAAUAUAAGCUAUCUCCCAAAAUGUUUGUCAUAAGUCUGCUUUACAGGUGUGGGGGCAGAGGUAACUGGAGUGGAGCUGGGUGGUUCUGCCCAUCCCUCAAAUAACCGAGAUUCAUAGAAUUGAUUCUAUGAUUUGGAAGGUACCCUGAUGGUCACCUGAGUCCAACCUCCUGCAAUGAAAGUGAAAGAAAGUGAAAGGGAUCAUGAAGAAAAUGUGACAUGCUGAAAGACCCAUAUAAGAUGGGGCAACUAGAGAAGAGACCAGCGCAUCUGGAGGGCAUCUGAGGGGAGGGCAUAUGGUCCCUGGAGCGAAGACCAGCACAUUGUUGUGUCUACUGGGGGACAGAAGAACAAGGAAAAUGUGGCUUAAUGGUGAUUGCAAUGGGGUGCAUUAGUGAGAGCGCCAGAUUAUGCUGUUGUACCUCCAGUUGUGCCAAGCUUCUCACCACCUUGUCCCUUACUGGUAAAUGCAACAACCGGUGGUCAGGUAGCAUGCAAGCAUAAGCUGGCACAUUAUUAUUAUUAUUAUUAUUAUUAUUAUUUGGAGCUUUUCCCCAGUGGACAAAGCUAAUCUUGCCAAUCAGUUCUAGCCAGAUUCUCCUGCACAGGAAUAACUGGUAGAGAUGAAAGCAUGGUGAGAACCUUAGUGCAGGGGAAGACAAGGAAGUCUGGACUAUUGGACUUGGUUCUUCAGCAGUGUGAUAUUGGUUGGAUUUUGCUUGUCUUUUGCAGACCCCUAUGUGAAAGUGAACCUAUAUCAUGCCAAGAAAAGGAUCUCCAAAAAGAAAACCCACGUCAAGAAGUGCACCCCCAAUGCAGUGUUCAAUGAACUUUUUGUCUUUGAUAUUCCUUGCGAGGGUCUCGAAGAGAUCAGCAUCGAAUUCUUGGUUUUGGAUUCAGAUAGGGGAUCCCGGAAUGAAAUCAUUGGCCGGUUAACCUUGGGGGCUUCGGCAGAAGGAACAGCAGGAGAACACUGGAAGGAAAUCUGUGAAUAUCCUAGGAGACAAAUUGCCAAAUGGCACAUGUUGUGUGAUGGCUAACAGCGGAAACAAGAGGUUGGAACUUUUAAACAAAAAUUCCAUAGGCAAGGAUCAGUUUUCUUUCUUUGCAAUGUAUAAUCACAGGCUUGUGACUUUUUUUAAAAGACAUUUUUUUUGUUACUGUUAUUAGGACUGAAAUGAAUUAUCAAAACAGAAGGUAACUAACUUUUCUCAUUCAGUUCAGGCUCUCUCUUUUUUCUUUUGCAAGCUAUACAGAAAGUGACGUAAUAUCAUCAGAGGUUCAUAUUCUACUGGAGUUUACACAGCUAUAGAGACACAAAAUGCUGUAAACACAAUUAAGAAGUCUUGUUUUUUAUUAUUAAAGUACCAGGAACCCUAGAUUACUGCUGUCACCCAGAUGAAGAUAAUCUCAUUAAUAUGUGUUGCUAAGUCUAGAAGCACCUGCAUUUUGUAAAAGUUUAAAAUAAAAAUCUGGAGAAAUGGAGUGUAUGGGGAGGGCAAUCCCUUCAGCAUCAUAAUGUGCCACAAACAUUAUUUUAUGGAAACUCAACCACUUUUCAUAAGGUUGAGUAUUUAUACUUUGAGCAAUCCAAAAACUCAAGAGAUUUUUGUCAAGCCACACUGCAUAGCUAUGGUCCACUUUUUUAAUUAACCCGUGAGGUAUAGUUUAGAUUUCAAAGAGAGAAAGAGAGAGGUUGGUUCCAUUAGCUUACAUUCAAAUACUCUGUAAGUAUCCCCAAAAUAACUCACUUUGUUUAAUAAAGGGCUUAGACACUGAUGUUGGAGAGUGUAAAUUUUACAGUAUGGUUAGGAUUUGUGCUUCAAGUAUAGCCUGUGGUGGGAUUUCUUUAAUUUUUUGGCCAAAAAACCCCCAACAACAUUGAAAAUUUAUAACCAAUUGAAAAUACUGUAGAGUGUUAUAUCUUUCACCCGGUGUAUUUUGAAACAAUUACUGUUUGAACUGAAACUUACGGUAUCCCUUAUAUCUUUCUGUUUGAUUAUUCUAAAAAGAAAAUUAAAAAUCCUAUAGAAAAUUUAAAAAGAGAGGAGAUACGUACAAAGCACUGAUCCUGCAAAAAAAUAAUAAUCCAUUCUAAGUGGGUAAAGAUUUAAAAGUGGGUUUUAGCAGAAUCAGGCUCUGGAGCAAGCUUUAUACCUCAUGCUGACUAAUGUGUAAAUGAGCUGUUUGACCAUAGAACUCACUUAAUUAGCUGUCAUUCAUGCCACUGGGCAACUGGGUAGAACUCUGGAGGGUGGGUGGGUAAUAUUAGGAUCAUAACAUGAUGGUAUGCAUGUGAUAAUAGGAUCAGGAUUUUUUCCCCAGAUUAGGAGGAUGAAGUGUAAUUUAAGACCAGCCCAGCCCAACUUGUGACCUGCCAAGCCAAACCCAGGUAUGUGAAGUGUCCUGUUAACUACUUGCUUGAGGACCCACCAGGAAAAAAAUGCAUCCUCAGGCCAAUAUUAAAAGCAGCUUUGCUGAGCCCCUAGUGGGCUGGUUUACAUAGUUUGCGGGUUACAUUCUACUUGGUCGAUUGCAAAUUGUGUUGGCCCCUCACAAAGGAAACAAAGGCACACACACACACCUAUUGAAAUCCUGUGAAACUUAUUCAUGUGUUUACACUAGAAACCAUUUUUUUUAUCUAUCAGAUUAGCACAAUUGUAGUAGUAGAGUUUCUUAUCCUGUCCUCUUUGGGUAGAUACUUGAGAUACAGGAGUAUCCUUUCUGUAGAUAUUAUGGUUCUGCAGUGGGGUGGGGUGGGUUUGGAUGCUACUGAAGGAGAUUCUCCAGAAUCAUAUUUGCCUUUGUGUAAGUUUUUUUAUAAAGUCCCAUUGAGAAAUGUAUGUGAAGAACACAGUGAUACAUACUCAUUGCUUUGGAUGUUCCUAGGUUGAUCCUGCAAGCAGGAGUCAUCAAAGAUCUAAUAUCCUUAUUAUGGGAUCCUUCCUGCAAGCACAAUGCAGAUAAUCCAGCCUGAUAUAGAAUUUUCCAGGCAUGUGUCUCUACGGAAAUCAUUCUCAAUGGGCUGCAGUGGAGGCAAAGGUUAUGUGGAAAGUUAAGGAUGAGAGUCUUGCUUUGUUGAAAGGGUCACAGGUUCAUUCCCUUCCUGUAAUUGUGCCCCAAUGCUUUGUUUGGAGAACAGGAUUGUGGCAAAUGUUAAAGUGUUGGAAAGGAGAACAUGUUGCAAAGCUACUUUCUCAUAGCUCUGUAGUGUACUGAAGCAGCAUGUUUCUAAACUAGAUCUAGUGAUCUGUUUCAGAUGUGUGUAUUUUGAUCCACUGUUCAUAAUUACCGAGGUCUUUGGGAGUUUCAAGCCAAUCCUAGUCCUAACCCUAUGUCUGAGUUAUACCCAGGAGUAGAACAUUUGGAAUUAAUGGACCAAAGAUAAUCAUGCCUAUCACUGGAUAGGCCUAAUGAUGGAUUGUUUAUCUAACUAACUAUGACUAACACUCAGUACAACCCUCAGUAAUAACCAAAGGGUCCAAUAUUAUAGGUUGGGAAAAGUCAAGGCAAAAAGACAUGUCUUUACAAGAUAUCUGAAGCAACUGCUGGAUAAUAGACAGUAGGGCUUUCCAGAGUGCAAGGGUGGUGACAGAAAAUUCCUCCUUUGAGGUGACUGUCCUGUGAUAUUCUGUAAGGUGCCAAUGAUCUAAGUGAUCUUAUAGGUCUGUACAAGGACAGGCAGCCUUUCAUGUGACUUGAUGCAAAUGUUUGAUAUAAGGGUAGCACUCUCAUUGACCUUAGUGGGACUUAACUGGCUGAAAUCCAAGUACUUUAGUAUUACUGAAUUGUGGAUCAGAACCAUCAUUCCUAAAAGCAUAGGAAAGGGGAGAAGGAUGAGACCCAUGGUGGAUUAACAGUGGAAUUGGGUUUCUUCUAGCUAACACUGCUAGAGGUUUGUGUGGUUGCUUUUUUCUUCUUCUUUUUUAACCAGAGCCAUAAUUUGGCCAGAACAGGAUGAGACUGGAAUGUGAAAUAUGCAACAAAUAUUACUGAAAGAAUUCCAUUUGGGGUCUUUCGGGUUUUUGUGUUGGUAAUUUAUCCAGGUUUUUGAAUGAUGUGUUUGAUAUAAUGGUGUUUAUAUAAGGUCUAAGGCAUUUUCACAACAUGCUUUUUAUGAAAAUGCUCUAUGUACAAAGAAUAAUAGUAAUGCAACUUGUGUGUAUAAAAAUUUCAAAUCUAUUUUGUUUUGUUCAGGCUAUUUGUAGGCCAAAAUCAGUCCAGGCUUGAAAUCCUCAGAAUGUUUACUCCAAGGUAGUCCCAGUGAAAUUAUGAAUCACUUCUAAAGCUCUAUGAAGUCAACAGAGAUACCCCAGAAGUCCUUGAUGAGCUUUAGAGGAAAGAUGUUUGUUUAUCCAUGAUCAGUCCAGUGAUCUGAAUAGUAAAAAUAUGCAAGUAAAGUUCACUUGGACAGUAGAUGUACUAAGAAUUUAGGAGGGAAAGAGCAUGUGAUCAACUCUUAAUCAAAAGCUAGGUAUUCUACAUUCAUGUUGGACAGAAUGUUGCAAUCAAGGCCACAUGUUGAAAGGUCUAUGAGCUUGACAUUUCAUUGGGACUGAUUUAAGAUAAUAUUUGAAUAAUACUUGGCUAGCCUAGUGGUUUUCAGAUGGAAUGCUGGGUUCCUUGUAGGUUCAUCUAAGUUUCCCAGGGAUAAGUCUUGCAUUGGAGGAGAAACCUUCCUUAAAGUUCUCUACCAUCAAUGGUCUUCUCUUACAAUGGGUUAUAUCCAAUACUAGUCGUGCUCAGAGUAGACCCAUUGGAAUGGAUGUACAUUACUAACUGGGGUCCAUUAAUUUCAGUGGGUCUGCUCUGGAUAUGGCUAAUGUUGUCUCGAAAGCACUGCACGGGGAAACAUUAAAACUUCUUGUGUAGCUAUGGUUAGAUCUAGAGGUCUGCGCAGCAACUCAUGCAAACUGGGUAUGAGACUUAGAGGGUUUCCCAGAAAGUGUUGCAGCAUGCAAUAGGUAAUGCAGAAAAAACUUAUUGGAGCUAGAAAGUUUGAAAAUAUGUGUUCUAAGCCCUAGCUAACACAAUAGACCUAGUUAUCUUGUUUGAUGAUAGGCUUUAGCCACCAGCCCUAGUGGCCAAAUAACUCUUAAUAUGCCUUCUUUUCUUUGUUUCUGAAUAAAACCUAGGGUUGUGACAAUCUGUCAUUUUGCCACCCAGUGGUUAAUAUCUGCUUUAAGUGGCCUGAGGGGUAGUUUUCCUACUGGUGGGAUAAGAGCUAUCCCAGUAGGGAGACCAGUUCUUUUUACACUGGGCAAAUUGUAUAUAGGGUCCCUUUUUUUAGCGCUUAAGAAACGUUUGUCUUGCAAAGUCCAGUUAACCCAGAUGGGACUGAAAUACAUGUGACCAUGCCUUUAAGAAAUGGGGGGAAAAUCUGUUUUAUAAAGUAUUUGGUUCUUAAUGUGAAUAUCUUGAAAUCUGUUAAGGAUAAUGUCCUGUAUUAAACAUGUAAAAUAAUGUUUGUCUAAGUAGCUAACAACAACAACUUCUACUACUAAUACAAUGAAGCAAAAUAUUACCCUGAAUGGGAGGUUAUUCAUGUUUGGAGAUCUGUUGUAACUCAAUAACCAAUUUGUUAAUGAUGUUGUACAUUCAAUAGAAGUUCUUUGGGAGGAAGCAUGGAUGUUGGAGGAUUUGUAUGUCUUUUUUGUGCCAGAUCUGUAUGUUGUGCCAUGUAUGUAAGACAAGAAUAAACUGCUACUUUCAUUCAUCCCAUCCC